CCGGCGGCGGAGGGCGGGGAGGGCGCGUUGUAGCCGGGGACACGCACACGGACACGCACACGGACACGCACACGCAGGGCGGCCCCGCAGCGCGGCUCUGCGGCCGAGCCCCGCCAACAAAGACCCCUCUCCGCUCCCCCCCCCCCCCGCCGGCCGCGCCGCCGCCCCCCGCGGGAUGUAGCCGGGCCGGGAGCCCCGCCGAGGCAGCGGCCCCGCCGCUCCGAGCCCCGCAGCGAGGCCGGGAGGCGGCGGGCUCAGAGGCGCUGCCGCCACCAUGGGCAAAUCCAACAGCAAGUUGAAGCCUGAAGUUGUGGAGGAGCUGACCAGGAAAACGUACUUCACAGAGAAGGAGGUGCAGCAGUGGUACAAGGGCUUUAUCAAGGACUGUCCCAGUGGGCAGCUCGAUGCCGCUGGCUUCCAGAAGAUCUACAAGCAGUUCUUCCCCUUUGGCGACCCGACCAAAUUCGCCACCUUUGUUUUCAAUGUCUUUGAUGAGAACAAAGACGGGAGAAUCGAGUUUUCGGAGUUCAUCCAGGCGCUGUCAGUCACCUCCCGGGGGACGCUGGACGAGAAGCUGAGGUGGGCGUUCAAGCUGUACGACUUGGACAACGACGGGUACAUCACGAGGAACGAGAUGCUGGACAUUGUGGAUGCGAUUUAUCAGAUGGUGGGAAACACAGUGGAGCUUCCUGAGGAGGAGAACACACCGGAGAAGAGGGUGGAUCGGAUUUUUGCCAUGAUGGACAAGAAUGCAGACGGGAAGCUGACGCUGCAGGAAUUCCAGGAGGGCUCCAAGGCCGACCCCUCCAUCGUGCAGGCGCUCUCCCUCUAUGACGGGCUCGUAUAGUCCCGGCGCCGAGCGGCGAUGCCUGGGGGAAGACGCUCUCCGUGCCAUCCGACCACCGCCGCGCGAAGCUUGCCUGUCCCUCUCGGCCUUCCUUUCUGUUCCGCGAGCAAAGGAUGCCCUCGCAGCGCGAGCUCACUCCCCCUCUCUGCACUCUGAACCAGCCGCUGCCAUUCGCCAACUUCUGCUUUU